CAUUUCUUCUAAUCCUUUUACCUCCCCAGACAGCGGGGAUCCUGCAGCUCCAUAAAUCUCACGUAAGCUACAAGUGACACCAAACGGCAGCCAUGCGGGACUCCGACCUAUCUAUUUGGGUACUCUUCACAGCCUUGGGCUGUUCCUCUGUACCAUCUGCGCAUGUCACAGCAGCCUCAUUUCCAAAUGGGUCGUCCAAUGACGACGUCACUUCCGGAUCUCCCGUGGAUUCUACGUCAUCAAAGUCGAGUGGUGUUUCCGGUCGGCAGUACUCACACAGUCCGUAUUCCGUGUUCAUUCAACUCAAACUGGCUCAACAGUCGUUACCAGCUCAUCUUAGUGAUACCACGUCACCAACGUUCCUGGAAUUUGUGACAAAUGUUAGAUCAGAGGCAUCUAAGGCGUACAGUGUAGAUCACAGUUUUCUACGUCUCGACGUUUUGAUAGUCAGCCCAGACAAUGCCAUAAUUGACAUCAACGUAGUAUUUAGGAUCAGUCUUCUGGGGAUCAUGAAACUUCGGGCAGUCGCCAGACUGAAACAGUACAUCGACGACAAAAAUGGGAGACUGGGGGAGCUGGAGGUGGCCAACGUGACUUAUAUAUCAGAUACGGGUGCUUUAACAGCAACGACAGAGUCCAGAGACGUGAAGUGUGUGCGUCUGGGACAUCACUGCUUCCCCUUCUGUGACGCCAACCCGCAUUACUGUACCAACGGUGGAACAUGUCAGGACGACGGGUCCGAGAAAUUAUUGUGCAAGUGCAUCUACGAGCCCUUUAUUCACUAUGCAGGUGCAAGAUGCGACAGAAGAACUAUAGGGAUUGUGUCCAUAUUAAUCAUCGCCCUGGGUCUGUUGGUGACUCUGACCUGCGUACUCUACGCUAUACGGCGCUGGAAAAGAACAGGAUCUCCUGUGCCGCGGGCAAGCACACAGGGGUACAGUACGAGGCACCUAGAGGGCACAAACGACGUGGAUGACAAGAAAUGUUCCGUCUGGACAUCAGAGACCUCCGGGGGUAUGAACACAAAACCCCGAGUAUGAAGGUUCACAAGGACUGGGGACGACUGGACCCGACCUCAGUCACAGAUAGCAGAUCGUAAAAGUAAACACGACAUUUAAUCUAGUUGGCAAACCUUAUAAUAUGACACAUCAUAGAACGCUCACUGAGCGAGUCGAAAUACCUCAAUGCACCUCUUUCACUCCACCUUUUACGUAACUUCAGUAAAGGGGGUUUAUACCUGUGUUGAAGGUUGUAUAUAUUGUUUUAGAUGGAUAUUGGAAUAUGGUAAUAGAAAGUUAACGUUUGUUGAAUAUUUUAUCAAGUUAAGUGGAAUCUUACAAACGCGCUAGUAUUAUGAGUACAGGAGCGCAUCAAAUGUUAACACUUGUCCUCAUGCAUUACUAUUUGACAAGCUCGAAGCUACAUUCAAUUCGAAAAAGCGUAAGAAUUAGAAAUAACAACUGCCGUGCUCUCAGGUAACUCCUUGAUCGAACAGUUCUGACAGUACAUAGAAUAUGACUUUUCUAUUACUAUCAUCUUUUAAAGUAACGUUUAACUAGUACGUACUUUUAAAUGAGUUUGCUCUUAAAAUCGAGAUAAACAACCAAUUGUAACAUGGUUGCACCUGUACAUUUGAUUGUAUAUUUUCAUGGAAUA